UUGGGUCAUUGUUCUAUAAUUGCCAUUUAAAGGAAAAACUCAGGAAUUUGAUCAUCGUUUACUGCCUUGCCAAUCAACGCGGCAUGGAGCGCGACGAAAGCGACGAACGGGUCCGGCGGCAGGUGGCCGACUAUUACAGAAACUACUCGAAAACCGAGAACCUUCGCAAAUACUUUUCGGACGACCCUCUGGCGUACUUGCCGCCCCAUGCGGCGCCCGAGAGCGACAAGUCGCCUCCGUCGCAGGGCUCCGCUAAAUCCCCGACCGACGUCGAACCUGUGGAAAGAGACAACAGCACCCCCGUCUCCGAUAAGAAGCUCGAAUGGGACAGCGGGGCCGAUAUCGGCUACCAAAAUUACCAAAGCAAACCGAACCUGUUCAAAAGCACUUCCCUACCCACUUUGAGGGAUGUAAAGCGUAUAAAAGUGUGCACAGACUUUUUAAAGGUUGUUGAUUGCCGGUGCGACCCUAGUAAGCUCGAGGUACAAAGGGAUGCCGAUGACGGUCCUACGUCGAAAUCUAGUAGUAGUUCUCAAACACCGUCUGCCUCUAACGUCGCGGUAAAAUCUUCCGGUAGUAGUUCCAGUGAACCUUCUCUCAGUAAAGUGUCGGCCAAGAGCUCGAGCGGUAGUUCAAAUGAACCGUCUCGCGGGAACGUUAGUUCCGGCGCUUUCUCGGCGUCGAAAAGCGACGACAGAGACGUGAGACAGUUCAAGGCGACCCUGGAAUACUUGCGAGGCAAGAUAGGGUUGCCGGUGAGCAACUCCACCCCAAAAUCUAUAUCGGACGGGGUCGUUUCGGCGCGGGACAUGCGGACCUCCGCCGAUAUCACUCCGGUUUGCUCAGAUCCGCGACGUGUGGAGUUAGUUUUGACGAAACCCGUCACGAUGGAGGUAGAGGGCGCUCAGGCUGACGACGGGGCCACCCAGACCGAUAGGAACGUCAGCGACAAGAGUGUGAAUGUGGCAGCGGUCAAGCUGGACAAAGCUACGUCCGUUUCCGGUCCGGGAACUUCCCCUAAGGUCGCCGAGGGGACGCUGACGCUCGAGGAGGUCGAGAAAAUGAUCGCGCGGCUGCGCAAAUUCGUCAAGUCGGAGAGACACGACUCUGACGAACGCAAGAGGCGGGUCAGAGAAAUCCUGAACGGUUUAAAGUAUCUGGACGGCUCGAGCGGCAGUUCGGAGCUAUUUUCAUUCGGGAAAAAGGCGAGUUCCGGUUCGAGCGAUGUUUCGGCCUCGUACCAGACGUCCUCUUCAGGGAAUUGGCGCGACAAGGAGACCCGGUCCGAGAAACGACUGCGUCAGAUCGUGCGUAGCGAGAGGGCGUGGCUCGACGAGAAGAACUCGCACCUGACGAAGCUGAAGGAGGUCCUGGAGGAUUUCGGGGGUGGGAGGGCGCGCAGGUCGCGUUACAAGGUGCGCGGGGGCGCAGGCGAGAGGGACUACGUCAUAGAGACGGAGCUGGGGGCGCCCGAUUUGGGACACGCCCGGUUCGACGUCGACGGGCAGAGCUACAGCGUCAGCAGCACAGGUUCUAAGGCGAGCGAGCCAGUUUCGGGGGGCAUCGAAGUGGAAACCAGGGGCGGCACGACCUGGAUCAAAGUGAAAACCUUCUGCCGAGGGUGCAAAAGGUCGGCGUGUAGGUGCGAGGGGGGCGGGGCGUUGGCCGAAAAAUACGCGGCCGUAGUCGGACGUCCAGUCGAAGGGACGGACUCGUCCGAGGACCGGCCGGCCCGCAAUUCGUUCGAGGCCGCGUUCGACAGUUGCACAUGCCGCUCGAAAUGCACGUUCCUCGACAAGUUUCUCGAGCGUUUCGGGCAGUACGGCGUGCCGAACGGGCGGUCGUACCACCAUCCGGCGCCUCCGAAACAUUCCAACCACGUCGCGGUCGAAUCCGAGGCGACUGCGCCACUUAAUCGCGACGUCGCGCACUCCGAAGCGCAAACCGAGACCGACGUCAAAGAUGUAAGCGUGCAAGCGACGAAUGGGCGAGAAGGGGAUGAAUACCAACUCCCACCAAUUGAAAUUAACCUACCGGAUAGAAAGGACGUCGCGGUAGGAACGGAGCACGAGCCCCGGUCCGACCCUGGCAAGGAUAGGGCGAAAUUUUGCGUCGACGUCCCUGUGCCAAAGUCUGGAAAUACUAGGGGCGCUGCGCACGCAUGCAAGGACCUCAAGUACUGCGAGUGCGGGGGCAGGGGGCCGGGCAUGCGCUACACGCUGACGCUCAGGGAUGACGUGGAGCGCAAGAAGACGAAGGAGAGGGAGAACCAUCGGAAAAAGGACGUGAUAGUUUUGGAAAAAUGGAAGGCGGACGCGGACUGUGGACCAAAGAGGGGCGGCCACGACAGGCCGCUGACGCUUGCGGAAUAUCUGAUUAUAAACAGGCCUCGAUUCGUCGAAGCAUCGGAAUUUCGACGCAGGACGUUGUACGAUUCACGACUGCAGAGGGAGGAGUUGAAGGAGGCGGCUAAAUUGAAAAUUGUGGAGAGUGACGAGUACGGGGACGGGACGAAACGCAAGUACGACCGUCCCAAGGGGAACGAGAAGGUGGAACGGCGUGUUGCAGCGACGAAGAGGCUGUUCUCGGAGAAGGAAAUGAGGGAAAUCACGAGGAAAACGUACCGGAAGCUGCCGGAAAUCCAGCGGAAGCUGUCGGGCAGGCGGCAAAACAGGCUAAGGGAUGUCGACAAGCUUAUCACGAACAUGUUCAACAAGAAAAUCCAAAAAAACGUCCUGCAAGGUCGAACCAAUUUCCCGAUCGACGCAAACCUGGUUUAGGCUUAUAGGUUGUAGGUAGGCUUUAC